UGAGCCUCAGUCGGCUUGUGGACUCAAUCGCUGGUGUUAUGCUCGCCUCAUCGUCGGCUCUGUGCAAUGUCGAACCUUAAGCCGCGUGGAUCUAUCGCAAUCGAGUGACGCAUUCCAGUGCAAACCAGUGCCAAGUGGCCAAGUGGGUCUCACUUACAUACAAGGUGGAUAGGUGGAUGUGUUAAGGCUGUCUGCGCCUGCACUUGAGUCUAUAGUGUGUAAAGUGAGAGCGACAGCUUUUCGCAUAUAUGUUAUGGAAAUCUCACAGAGUGUGGCGUAUUUGAAGGUUGUGGAUGACGACGAUAGUAGCUCCACAUCCUCUGAGGAAAGUCUGAUUACCAUUGCACCCAAUGAGCGAACUCCAUUGUUGUUGGGCCACCGCGUUUCCGCCUCCGCCUCCGCCCAUGACUCCUCCUCGCCGUCCUUCUCCUCUUCAAUGUACACAAAAGAAUGCCUUAAUUGGCGCAUCAUUGGAUUACUUGUGAUGUUUACCACCGGCCUCGGAGUGGCCUCCUAUUUGCUCUGGCUAGAACGUCCAAAGAACCCAGAUAACGAUUACCAAUUGAGUCUAACCCAGCACGAUUUAUGGAGUCUUUGCCCACUGCAGGGGCAGGCGCUGCUGGAGUCGGGGAAGGUGGUCAAUGUGUACAUCACCCACACUGGAGGCGUGGAGUGCACCGAUAAUUGUGCACAGCUGUUGCAUACGCUGCAGCACCAGCAUUUGGGGGAGUUGCCGUAUAAUUUCCUCAUGGCUGGGGAUUGUGAGGCAUACGAGGCACGUGGCUGGCGAUAUGCGAGUAACUAUGGAACACUGCCGCAAUCCAGUUCCUUGGUGCUGGCUUUUGUGGGUAACUUCACCCAGGAGUUGCCCAGUAGUUGUCAGCUGGAGAUGGCGGAAGCGUUGCUCUGGGAAUCCCAAAGACGCAGGAAACUCCAACCAAGAUAUCAACUGUAUGCAUUGAGGAAUGUGAGUCGAAGUGAAUUCGAUGCGGAUGCACUGCAGCGGAAGCUGAGACAAUGGCCUCUUUAUGCUGGAUUGGAGCAAGUAAAGUGAAGCAAGGCGAUUUGUUGGUUGUUUUUUAUUGAAAAAUAGUUUACAAAACAUAAGCACAGGAUUCAUGAGUGUGUGUGUUUGUGUGUGUGUGUUAAAGCGGGGUGCCACCGUUGAUAAAGCGAAGCUGAUGAGCAAACAGCAAAGCAGAGAGCGCUGAGUAUGUGUUUGUAUGUUUGUUGUGCCAGUUACAAGUUAAGGAUAAUGCCUAAUACAAAUAGCUUAAUGAACUAACCAAAUCCUCUUUCUUCUGAGAGGGGGCCUAAUCGAAUUCCAGUUUUCGAAAACUGCCCUCAAUGGACUCGAUCUGUGAGACGAAAUUGGUGCCCGUGCUUGUCUUCUCCGAGUUGUAACUGCUGCGCCGUUGAAUGCCACGAUCCGAGAGCAAUAUGCUCUCGUCGAGAGCCAAGAUCAUGUCCCGCUUGGCGGCCAACUCCUGUUUCCACAGCUCAAUCAUCUGACGCAUGGGCAUGGUGCCGCCCAUCUCUUGGGGCAGACACUCGGCAUCGACGCCCUUCAUCAGCUCCUUCUCGCUGCCGUAGAUGAUGAGGCGAUUUUUCAUCUUCGAGCUGACGCGAUUCUUCACAAAAUCAAUCAGCCACUUGAGUGUCGAGGGCACAUUGAUCAGGUGAAUCUCCUUGUGGCGCAUCGGCAGCGAUUGUUCGCCCCAUUUGAAGAUGCGUGCGAACUCUGUGGGAUUCCAGUUGGUCACAUGCGAUGUGGUGACGCCCGCAAAGUCACCCACAUGACUCAGUCCGGUGAUCUGUGUCUCCUGAUCCUCCAUCAGGCACUCGUAGGUGAGAAAGUGUGCCUUCGCCUGAUCGCAGCUUGUGUGUAACUUUGGAUUCAAUCCUUUGGCAUUGAUGAUCACCACCCGACGUCCAUGCUUAUCCCGCUUCGGCACCGCAAAUAUGUAUCCCUGUUCAAUCACAUCGCUGAGACGCGGCUCCAGAAAGUCCAGCUUGGUGGCCAUGUGCGGAAAUGUGCGACGUAUGUUCAGAUAUUUGAGAAGCGUCUGCUCAGCCAUCGGCACACUGAACUUUUUGGCCCGCAGAAA